AUGAAGUCUCGCCUUUCCAAUCCAACCCUCUUUUCUCUCCGUCCGCCAUGUCUCCCCGUUAACUCCCUCCGUCGUCCGCACUGCCGUCGCUAUGGUGCUUCCGCUCCGCCCUCUUCUCCGCCGCCGCGGCGUCGAUGGAUGCGACUUGCGCUCGUGAGUAUUACAGCGGCGGGGAUCGGUGCGUAUAUCCGGUCUCAGCAAAACUCCGGGUCGACUAUGUUAAAUCCGGAGCGGUUCACCCCAUACUAUCUUACAUCGAGGGAACCGGUCUCGUCCACGGGGAGCGUCUUCACGCUCAAGCCGUCAAAGCCUGACGAGGGCAAUCGUGCCGUCUAUGACGAAGCUUGGAGGACGGGUGUAUGGAGCGUGAUGUUCAAACAGCCGCAAUUGCAGAUUGGAAGGGACUAUACCCCUCUCCCGUCCGUAUCGAUCGGCACAGAGGACGAGGACGAAUUGCGGUUUUUCAUCCGUAGAGACCCCUUUGGCGAAGUAUCCCGGUAUCUGCAUAGUCUGGACGUAGGGACUCCCAUUGAAAUCCGCGGACCCAAGAUCGAGUGUCCGGUGCCGGCCGACACUCAGCAGGUGUUGUUUAUCGCUGGGGGCACCGGUAUAGCCCCUGCUCUUCAGGCGGGAUACACGCUGCUUCGCCGCACCAGCAGUACUCACAAGCCACGAAUUCACAUUUUGUGGGCUAAUCGCCGCCGGGAGGAUUGUGCCGGUGGAGUCAACGAUACCACGAUAGCCAAACCUCAGCGGUCUUGGUUUUCUGGGUCUCCUCUCUCGUCAACUUCAACCCCUGCGCCUCCUCCCACCCAUGUCUCGCCCAUGGUCCGGGAGCUAGAGGCUCUCAAGACCCAAUAUCCUGGUCAGGUCACGGUGGACUAUUAUGUCGAUGAUGAAAAUGCAUUUAUUGAGAAAAACGCCAUCCUGGAAUUCACCAAGUCGGGUUCCUCCUCCAGCGGAUCUCCCCCACGCAACAUGAUCCUAGUUUCAGGCCCGGAGAGGUUCAUCGGCUACAUGGCCGGCCCCAAGCUAUGGGCACAGGGAAUGGAGCUGCAAGGACCGCUGACUGGGAUUAUUCGAGAGCUCGACUUGAAAGACUGGGCUGUGUGGAAGCUAUAA